AUGGAAAAGGAUUCGCUCGGUGGCAGCAAAUAUUUGCUGCUGAUCAUCGACGAAGCCAGUGGAUGCAUGAAGGGAUUUUGUCUACGAGUGAAAUCCGAGAGUGAAGACUACAUCCGGAAAUAUAUCACCAUGGUACAGACGCAAUUCUGUAAGAAGGUCAAGUUCGUGCGACACGACGGAGCUCGCGAGUUUGCAACCAACUCGCUUCAGCUGUUCUACGAAGACGAAGGCAUUGAACAGCAGACAACGGUGCCGUAUGCACAUCAAACAAACGGAACAGCAGAGCGUGCCAUUAGGACUAUUGUCACGAUCGGCCGCAGCAUGCUUCAUCAUGCCAAACUGGACAAGUGUUUCUGGGCCGAAGCAGCGAUGACGGCCAUCUACGUCAAGAAUCGACUGCCGUCACCUAAAAGUCGUGCACAAGACCCCCCGUUUGAGAUCGUCUACAACUUGAAACCAAGCUGUCAAGCACAUGCGAACAUUCGGAUAUCAGACGUACAUACUGACGCCUAA